AUGCUGGCGGGGGGGCGUGGGGGGUGGAAAGACGAGCUUCUUGGCGCUGGGGGGCUGGUACAGCAGCCUCCUGGGGACCCGAGGCUUCUCCAGCACCAGGCUCUGCGCCCAGAACUGCAGGCCCGCUGCAGGGCAGCGGGCCUGCAGCAUCCGGGGUCUGCAGCUUGGCUUACACCCCCCCGGGAAAGUAAUAAUGUAUCAGUCCUGCGGCCACACACGUGCCUGUGCACAGCGCUCCCAGAACCCUUAGAGGGCGCAUUUCCAGCGACUCCCAGAGGGCACAUUUCUAGAAAGUUCCACGUGUGCACACCGCUCCCAGAACCCUUAGAGGGCGCAUUUCCAGCGACUCCCCGAGGGCACAUUUCUAGAAAGUUCCACGUGAGAGGCACCACAGCCUCACUGCCAUUUUGCGGGUUACCGCCAGGCUCCGGGAACAAGGAAAUGAUGACAGAUAAAGCAGAGGAGUCUACUGUUGGGCCCGAGAAGCAAAUGAAACGUCAUAGAGAACUCAUGACUUCUCCUCUGUGUAAGAGUAGGCUGACCAGGGGGCUGCUGUCAGUGAUGCCGGAAGAAGAGGCAGCAUUCCAGGCCGGGGGCUCAGCCGUGUCUUUGGAAGAUGAUGACCCCAAGGUCGCCAGGAAGUCUGUGCUGUUCGGAAUGAUGCCGGAUACGUUGUCAUUCAAUCCAGAGGCGAUGAAUAGUGAUGUAAAACAUCAAAUCAUGAAGGAAAUUCGCCAGUUUGGACGAAAAUAUGAAAAAAUCUUCAAAUUGCUUGAAGGAAUUCAAGGACCUCCAAAAGUGAGGAGACAGUUUGUUGAAUUUGCCAUCAAGGAAGCAGCAAGAUUUAAAAGACGAGACUUAAUUAAGCACCUUGAGAAGAUACUCGACAAGAUAGAGUCUGACAAAUUUCUCAGCAAAGAUAAGCAUAGCCGAAACCUAUAAUCCUGUUAUCCCAACAAUCAAAAAAUAAGAACCAGAUUGCUGUCUUCUAGAACGGAAUGGGAUAUUGCUGAAGCCUCCUAGCAUGUGUUAGUUAAGAGAAUUGCCUUCCGGAGGCUAAGAAAAAGUUGUUGUAGUUUUAAAAAUUUUAUUAAUUGUUGUUAAUAAAAGCUGGGCUUUUGCCCUACGAGUUCA